AUGAUGAAGAGAAGUGAAUUUGGAGAAGAAGCUUCGUCUCUCUCACGUUCACCUUCUUCUCAUAAACAAACCUCAUGGAAUCACUACAGUCUCUUCCCCCGAGACUCAUCUUCCAGUUCGAGUUACUUCUCUAACGGACUGUGUUCUUCCGAAGACGGUUCGUCUCAUUUUGCUUCUCAUCCGUUCGAUAGGAACCUGAAGAUGAAGCAUUACAAUAGCAGUGUUGUUGCUGAUUCUGAUGAGUAUAACGAUUUGGGACUUUGUGAGAGCCUCCAUCGUCUCAACAUCAGAGAUAAGGACAAAGAAGACAAGACUUGUCACCAUAGUUUUGGAGUCUCUUCUGAUUUUUCUGUCGAUAAAGCUACACUGGUUCCUAAUUUUCAUAGCUAUGGAGAGAGUUCUUGUAAUAUUGGUUACAACAUGGCAGAAAUGACGUUAAGUACUGAUAUAUUCAUGGUUUCUUCACCAAAUAAGAGUAUGUUGGAGCUCAACAGUCACCACUCUGUUCCAUCAUACUCUCGUCGAAAAGGUGGUAAUACUAAUUAUCCGAGUCUUCCUAAGACAUCUGGUAUCGAGGGAUACGUCUACUUGAUGGCUAAGGAUCAGCAUGGAUGCAGAUCCUUGCAGAGGAUCCUUGAAUAUGGAACUUGUCUAGAUUCUAUGAUCAUUUUCAACGAAGUGAUUCCACACGUUGUUGAGGUGAUGACGGACCCUUUUGGGAACUAUUUGAUGCAGAAAAUAUUAGAUGUAUGCAAUGAAGAACAAAGAAUGCAGAUCUUACUUAUCGUUACUGCACAACCUGGAUGGCUUGUCCAGAUAUCCCUUAACACUUACGGUACUCGAGUUGUCCAGAGAUUAGUAGAAACAGUCAAAACCAAGAAGCAGAUUUUUCUGGUGAAGUCAGCUUUGAGACUUGGAUUUCUCAGUCUCGUUAGAGAUGUGAAUGGGAAUCAUGUGAUUCAACGUUGCUUGCAGUGCCUUAGUACACAAGAUAACGAGUUCAUCUUUGAAGAUGCUACAAGGUUCUGCAUUGAUAUGGCGACACAUCAACAUGGAUGCUGUGUGUUACAAAAAUGUAUUGCUUAUUCCACUGGACAACAACGAGAGAAGCUCAUAGCUGAAGUGUCUAGAAACAGUCUCUUCCUUGCUAAAGACCCUUAUGGGAACUACGCAGUCCAGUUCGUUAUACAUCUGAGGGAUUUGUCUGCGAUAGCCAUGGUGCUAGCGCAGUUAAAAAGGCAUUAUGUAGAGCUCUCCAUGCAGAAAUUCAGUAGCCAUACGGUGGAACGGUGCUUAAGAAAUUGUCCAGAGAGCCGUCCUCAGAUAGUGCGUGAACUCGUCUCUGUGCCCUAUUUUGAUGUUCUGAUUCAAGACCCGUAUGCUAACUUUGUCAUCCAAGCUGCUCUUUCUGUCACCAAGGGUUCACUUCAUAACACACUCGUUAAAGUGAUAAGGCCUUAUUCCAUUCUACGUAACAAUCCCUAUUGCAAAAGGAUUUUCUCAAGAACCCGCUUGAGGAAUUGA